GGUACCUACCUACCUAGACCUGCCCACUCAACCUACAAGAUGAGCGAGCAAAACGAACCCGCAACACCUUCCACCGAGGAUACCAUCACAGAAUCAAAUCACCAGAAUUCUGAGAAGAAACCGACCAUGGGGAUGCCUACCAUCUCCUCGCCAAUGAGCGGAAGUCAGAGCAAGUCGCCUGUCGACAGUGACUCUGAGCCUGCUGCCGCCUCCAUGAACCACUUCCAGAUGUUCAUGGAGAGUCUUGCGAAUCGUACCAACGGUUCUUGGGUUUCCUUGGCGAAGAAAUCGUCUCAGCGAAAAGGAAUCGCCGGUCGCUUUCCCGAAUUCUUUGACGGAGAAGUCUGCCGCGCUCAACUCAAGACUUUUCUGGCCGACCACCCGCCCGACCCAUGGAACCACGGCUGGGUAGAGAUCCAGGGCGAGGGUACUGUCAUGUUUGCCUCGAAGCGGCAAAUGGACGUUUGCAGACAGCUGACCAAGCUAGUCAUCCUCUCGCAUCUUCUCGUCUUCAACUCGAACCGUCUCCUCACCCAGGCGCUUCGGGACAUACUGCCCCUGGAAAUCGACUCUGCCUUGUUUAACCAGGUACGAAACGAGGCUUACCGUCUGUUCAGCAAGUACGAAGAUGAUUUUCUCUGGGAGGGUGCCUACCAACUGGUCAACAACAUGCUGGACCGUCAUGGUCAUGCUGUGACGGGUGACUUCCGCCUCGACCCCGAAGUCUGGGAGCGCAACUCGGAGAACCUUGUCCACACUGAACAGUUCUUGCUUGACACGUUUACCAAGGAACUCUGGCUCGAAUACUUUGACAUGUUCGAGGACAUCGCCGACUGGAACGCUGUGUUUGAGGACCGUACCGCUAUGCCCUUCUUCUUCAUCAGCACUCUCUACACCACGAUCUGCUUUGAGAUGGUCGAGGUGGUCCUCAGCGAGCGCCGAAUGAACCCAGCUGAGCUAGAGGAGGUCACUACCAAGACUGAGGCCAAGGGCAAUGAGGUGAUGCAGCCUCCCGUGGUUGCAGGAGCCGCCACACGCAACACAGUGCGCUGGAACACAGACCCGGAUGGACGGGCGCACAUGCACUGCUUCCUCGAGAUGAUGGGCGCGUACCCGGACUUUUUUGAUGUGGAGCUGGACUUGUUCCCUUGGAUCCAGUGGAAGGAGCCCUCGACAGAUGCACUGCUCAGGGAGAUAUCCAAGAAGACGAUGAGGCACCGUUACGUCAAGAAGAAUGUUCCCAGGGUCCCCAAGCGAAACAAGAAGCUCAGGUUUUUGGGAGACAGGCAGUUCGCUUGA